GCCGGACAUUAACACAGCUGGACUCCCUCACACACUUCUCUGCGUUUCCGGACGAUGACGUGACCGAGCCUCGGAGCAGCGAUGGACGACCCGUGGAGUUUGGCUGCAGGUGUUUUCCAGGUGUGGGUGUUUGUGGUGUUGUUCCUCAUCAUGCUGCCGGCCAUGUUCGGCCUCUCGCUGGGAGUCACUGGAGUCUACAUACAGAUACUGGUCCAGAUCCUGGAGUGGGCCACGGUCCGGAUCCAGCGCGGCCGGCAGCAGCAGCCCAGCGUUCCCGUCCCGCUGCCCAACGGGAUCAUCGAGCGGGCCGGCGGCUCCAUGGAGGAGCAGAUGGGACAUCAUCAUCAUCAUCAUCAGGCGGGAUCGGAGUUCUGUCUGAGCGACGCGUUCUACUUCUAUAAGAAAGGAGUGGAGAGCAUCGUAGACGAUCAGGUGACGCAGCGCUUCUCCUCCGAGGAACUGGCUUCCUGGAACCUGCUGACCCGAACCAACCAGAACUUCCGCUACAUCAGCCUCCGCCUCACCGUCAUCUGGGUGCUGGGCGUCCUCGUUCGCUACUGCGUCCUGUUCCCGCUCAGAUUCACUCUGGCCAUCAUCGGUCUCACGUGGCUCGUCAUCGGGACGAGUCUGGUGGGAUUUCUGCCUGAAAGCAGUGCGAAGAACUGGCUGAGUGAGCUGGUUCAUCUGACCUGCUACAGGAUCUGUGCUCGAGGACUGUCGGCCACCGUCCACUACCACAACAAAGAGAACCGACCACAGAAAGGAGGAAUAUGUGUCGCCAAUCACACAACACCGAUAGAUGUGGUGAUUCUGGCCAACGACGGCUGCUACGCCAUGGUGGGUCAGAUCCAUGGAGGUUUGAUGGGGGUCAUCCAGAGGUCCAUGGUGAGGUCGUGUCCUCAUGUUUGGUUCGAGAGGUCAGAGAUGAGAGAUCGGCACGCGGUGACCAACAGGCUGAGAGCUCACGUUGCUGCGAGGACCAAACUACCCAUCCUCAUAUUCCCUGAAGGAACCUGCAUCAACAACACUUCAGUCAUGAUGUUUAAGAAAGGAAGCUUCGAGAUCGGAGGAACGAUUUAUCCGGUCGCUAUCAAGUACGAUCCACGCUUCGGUGACGCUUUCUGGAACAGCGCCAAGUACAACAUGGUGAGCUACCUGCUGAGGAUGAUGACGAGCUGGGCCAUCGUCGUCAACGUGUGGUACCUUCCUCCCAUGAGCCUACAGGACGGUGAAGACGCGGCUCAGUUCGCCAACAGAGUGAAAUCUGCCAUCGCUCAUCAGGGCGGUCUGCUGGAUCUGGCCUGGGACGGAGGGCUGAAGCGAGGGAAGGUGAAGGACUCAUUUAAAGAGGAGCAGCAGAAGAUGUACAGCAGCAUCAUCGUCGGGCAGAACGGCGUCGCUCCGAACCUCAGCGCCGACGACGACCUCGAAUAAAACACGAACAAUCACUCUGAACAAUCACAUGAGAACUGGAUGGACUCAACUGUGUCCACUGAGCUGUAAUCUGCUGUUUGUCUCCAUUUAAAAGCCUUAAACCACUUUUUAUACAGUCUGACAUGGAGUGUUGUUUAAAUGAGUGUCUCCUGCAGUUUUGGGUGUAAUGGCGUGGUUCGUCCAGCAGGGGGCAGCGUCUGACCACACACCAGCUGUUCCUCCUCCAGCUCUCAUUCUUUACUGUCUUAUUAGCAGCAGCGCAAAUGUUUCCAUGUUUAUAAACCAAAUGUAUUUUGUGUUGAACUUUAAAA